AUGGCAUCGUCCCCUAGCCUGUUGACACUGCCAGCGGAACUGAUCCUUAGGAUCCUGGAGGAUCUAGACUAUCUUUCCAUUCUCGCGUGCAAAGGAAUAUGUCAAGGGCUGAAGGCACUCAUCGACCAGUCCGUGGCCUUGCAAUAUACCGUUGCGCUUACGACUGCCGGUCAACAAGACGGAUCUAGCUCCCGUCUGAGCACCGCAGUGCGGUCACAAAUGCUAGUCGACCACCAAGAUGCCUGGAGAAAGCUGAAGUGGAGCGAGCAUACGAGCGUCCCAAUGAAACCAGGCGGAGUCUGGGAGUUGUAUGGGGGUGUUUUCGCGGAGAGUUCAAUAGACCGCGAAACACUGUUCUUCAGACAAUUGCCUUCGCGCUUGCGAGGCAUCGAAACUCGCGAAUGGCACGUCGAUGUCGGUUUUCAUAUUCGCGAUUUUGGAAUGGAUCCGUCUCAGGACCUGCUCGUAGCUCUACACAGGGUAGACAUCCCUAAUGAAAUGUGCAAAAUACAUCUACGUUCAAUGUCGACAGGCGCUGCACAUCCUUCAUCUACCAAUCCAUCUGUACUGCAGCAUCCUAUUGAGAACGCGGAUCAGAAUUGGGAAUAUUGUAUCAUCAUAAGUGGUGAUUGCCUUGGUAUCAUGUCCAAAGCCGUAGACGCUGCUGAGGUUGAUAAUCAACUUGCAGUGUGGAAUUGGAAAACGGGGAAAGUCAUGAUGUGGCUGAGUGGAUACGAUCUCAAAUCAUUUGUGUUCCUCGACCAACGCUUUGUCUUGGUCGGCCACUUUGACGGAGGACCAUCACCUGGCAGCAUACCUGGCCUUGCCGUCUACGACCUGAAUGUGAUGUCUCUCCAAAAAUGUCACAUCAAGAUAGCUCCUUUUCGCCAUUAUCUUACCCUUCCUGCUUUGGAGGAAGAGACAUUUCUACUUAACUUGGGUAUUCGCUCCGAUCCUGCACCUGCCUGGGAACCAAGCUCUGAUUUGGCCGUCCCAUUUCACACAAAACAUGAGGAGCGAUUGUUCGUCAUCACAAUGCUAGGCGUCACCCCAACAAGGGCACGGACAUUGGACCUGUUUGUCAAUUCGCGAUACAUCCUGGAACUAGCGCGCGGCGCAUCUCCGCCGUUCUCUGUGGUACCUUGGCAUCAAUGGGGCCCUCAUCACAGCCGCGCGCUGGCGCACCGCCCAAAUUGGACGGCCUGGGUGUGCUACGUGUAUGGAAUGAAAUUUGUCGAGCCUGCACCAGUCGAACACGCUGGUACUCUGAUGCUACAAAUCAUGGACUUUCACCCGAUCAGAGUCGAACGAGUCAGGCGGGGAGAGCUGGCGGAAGAAGGAUGGACUCUCGUCACCCUUCCAAAUCGAGUACCCAAGGGCUGGCUGCAGUCCAUCGACGUAGAAACGGACCUCCCAUUUCUCAUCAAAGAGAUCCCCCUCCCUCCAGAAGUGGGCAAUGCUGCUGAAGCUUUCAUGAUCAGUGAAGAUACACUAAUCGCUCUCGAAGAGGUGUGCGGGUCUAUUCUCGUCGAUUCGUGGGCCGUGCUGAUAGGAACCGAGAGCAGCGAUCUGUGCCCCGGAUAA